AUGAUACUAGACAGAGUCCUUGAGCACGUGAACAACAAUAGAAUAAUCCCUCCUGUUCAGUUCGGCUUCCGAGUUGGUCAUUCGACGACGCAUCAGCUGUACAGAGUCAUGCAGAUAGUGCGCAGGAACAAGGCCGUGGCAAAAUCAACCGCAAUGGCCCUGCUAGACAUUGAGAAGGCCUUCGACAAUGUCUGGCAUGAUGGCCUGAUUUACAAACUGUACAGAUACAACUUUCCGGUAUAUUUAAUCAAAAUCAUUCAGAACAACCUAUCAAAUCGCUCAUUCCGGGUUGCAUUGAAUGGUGCUCUCUCGGAUAACUUCCAAAUCCCAGCAGGUGUUCCGCAGGGCAGCUUGCUUGGUCCCGUGCUUUACAGUAUAUAUACCGCCGACAUUCCCGAACUGCCUGACGGUUGCUUCCUAUCACUCUUUGCGGACGACACGGCCGUCCUCUGCAAAGGGAGAGUAACCCGCCAUGUUACCAAAAAGCUGCAAGACUGUAUCAAUAGCAUCUGUACCUACAUGACCACGUGGAAGAUAAAGCUAAACUACUCCAAAACGCAAGCUAUGCUUCUCCCAUAUAGCUUGUCUCCAAGGCUAAAACCACCAGUCGAUUGCAAAAUAGUAAUCAAUGGCUCUACCGUGGAGUGGUUAGAAGAGGCUGUCUACUUGGGACUGACCAUUGAUCCAAAGCUGUUAUUCAGUAAACACAUUGAAAAAGAGACGAUUGCUGAUCCAAAACUCUCCAGCUCAACGGAUCUGACUAUGGGUAAGAAGCUGAAACCCAAGAUCCACGUUCGGGAUAGCAUCGUAGAUUUUCUACUGCGGACGGAGAAAUUUCUCAACAGUAGCCAAGCAACCGACGAACUCCAAAUACAGUUUCGUCUGGAGAAACUCGAGGCGAAGUGGGACGAGUUUGAGGAGGUUCAAUGCGAUAUCGAGGGAUCGGAGGAGCAUGAAGAGAACACGGAGGCACAUCGGCAAGUUCGGGCGGAAUUCGAGGAGAAAUAUUUCGAGGUAAGGGCAGGGUUGGUUGGCAAGUUACCACGGCAGACUCCAGCGCCGACACAAAACGGAUCUAGUUCCGAACCGGCCGGUGUACACACUUAUGUGCGACUACCACAAAUAAAUCUACCGGAAUUUGAUGGUAGUUUCGAAAAAUGGUUGCCUUUUCAUGACACAUUUCGAGCCUUGAUCGACUCUUCACCGGAACUCAGUGGUAUUCAAAAAUUCCACUAUCUGCGGGCGUCUCUUAGGGGUGAUGCGUUAAAGUUGGUUGAUUCGUACCCAAUGAGCGAGGCGAAUUACAGGGUUGCUUGGAAUGGUUUGGUUGCACGGUUCUCUAAUGGAUAUCUUCUCAAGAAGCGGCAUUUGAAUGCGAUGUUCGAGUUCCCGAAAAUUCGGAAAGAGUCAGCAGCGGGGAUUCAUGACGUCAUUGAUUGUUUCGAACGCAACACUAAAAUCUUGGAUCAACUGGGUGAGAAGACUAGUGGCUGGGGAGCAAUGCUUACUCAUCUAUUGGUAACUAAGCUCGACGACGUCACACAAAAACAUUGGGAGGAAAGCGUUUCUAAUGAGGUCGAACCUUCGUUUACAAUACUGGUGGAUUUUCUCAAAAAACAAACACGGGUUUUAGAUGCAGUUUCGGUGGACCAACGGAUGACUACGUCAAGCAGUCAAGCUGCAUCAACUGGGUUCAAAUCUCGUCCUGCAAAGGUUUCGGUCAACUCGGCGACCGGAAACAAAGGUCCAAGCUGCGCAUCCUGUGGUGAUCAGCAUUCUAUCGCUCAAUGUACGGCAUUCAGCAAACUUCCGGUGGACCAACGGCUACAGCUAACAAAUUCGAAGCGUCUUUGCAGCAAUUGUUUGGGGCGAAAUCAUAUGGCGAGAGACUGUCCUUCCAAAUUUCGGUGCAGAACUUGCUCUAAAAAGCACCAUUCUCUUCUUCAUCCUGGAUUUCCUGGUUCUGGUACUGCUCCCACCUCCGCUGCCUCUUCUUCAGCCACACAAAGCAUGCAAGCUACGGCUCCAUCAAGCUCUGGUGGUGCAUCGAACUCCGGUGGUACAGUAACUAGUUCGGUUGCAUCAAUUUCCUCCAAUAUGGCUAUGGGGCGUUCUGGAACACAUAUAUUUUUGUUAACGGCGGUGUUGAAAAUAAAGGACAGCUGGGGUAGAACGCAUCUCGCUAGGGCAUUGUUGGAUUCCGGUUCUCAAGCGAAUCUGAUGUCGGAGAAUUUGUCUCAUCUACUCAAACUACCUAGACGAAAUAAAAGAGUAGAAAUCAGCGGUAUUGGGUGCUCAAAGAAAAGUAUAGCUCACGAAGUUUCUGCUGUUGUUUCGUCACGGGUUUUGGAUUUUUCUUUGUCAAUGGACUUUCUGGUUUUGAGGCAGGUAACAAGCGACCAGCCGUCUACUUCUUUACCAUUGGCAGAUUGGAAACCACCAAACGGCAUGGAGCUAGCCGAUCCGGAAUUCUUCGUCUCUGGUCCGAUCGAUUUGGUGCUUGGGUCUCAAUUCUUCUACGAUUUUCAUCUACUCGAUGGUGGCCGGAUACAAAUUUGCAAACUCGGAUCUCCUUUGCCGAUAUUCGUCAACACAGUAUUUGGUUGGGUAGCUGCGGGCGAGUCGGAGUGGUCUACAAGAAAAGCUACCGUUAGUUGUCACGUAGCGAUCGCCGAACCGCUUGAUAAGAUCAUCGAGAAAUUCUGGGCAAUUGAGGAGUUGUCAGAGAAGCCACUUCGAUCACAGGAAGAGAAGGACUGCGAACAACACUUUCAAAGCACGUUCACCCGUGACGAAUCGGGACGCUAUAUAGUACAGUACCCAAAACGGAAUGGGUUCCACGACAAAAUCGGCGAUUCGAAGGGUGCGGCCUUACGACGAUUUCGGCAGCUAGAAAGGCGUUUGGAAAGGGAUUCAGACUUACGUGACCAUUACAACGAAUUCCUACAAGAAUACCUUGCAAUGGGGCAUAUGCAACUGAUCGGAGAAAUGGAGGAUACACUGGAUGAAGGGCGCACUACUUACUAUUUGCCCCAUCAUCCUGUGUUUAAAGAGUCUAGCUCAACGACCAAGGUACGGGUAGUGUUCGAUGGAUCAGCGAAAACCACCACAAAUCACUCGCUCAACGACACUCUACUUACGGGUCCAGUAAUUCAGGACGAUCUGCUGGACAUCAUGAUCCGUUUUCGCAAGCACGCCGUCGCGUUAGUUGCAGAUGUGGCCAAAAUGUAUAGGCAGGUACGCAUUCACCCGGAGGACGCGUCGCUUCAACGGAUCCUGUGGCGCUUCGAUCAGGCAGAACCGAUCAAGGUGUACGAGCUACAGACGGUCACUUACGGUUUAGCGCCUUCAUCUUUCCUUGCCACUCGCGUACUAAAACAGCUUGCCAUAGACGCCGGUGACAAAUACGAGUACGCUGGUCCUGCUAUAAAGAAAGAUUUUUAUAUGGACGAUUUUCUUUCCGGAGCGGAAUCGAUUUCGAAGGCGAAACGUUUGCGAAGCGAAGUUCAAUCCCUUAUGGCUGAAGGCGGAUUCGAUUUGCGGAAGUGGAGCUCCAAUCAACCGGAGGCUUUAGCCGACUUACCUUCCACAGCUCUAGAGGAGCAAUCCACGCUACAUUUCGAUGCAGAAACAAAGGUGAAGACGCUUGGAGUAGUGUGGGAGACAGGAACGGACCAACUGUGUGUUGAGAUACGAGCAACGGAAUAUGACGAUCGAUGGACAAAAAGGAAGAUAUUUUCGGAGAUUGCGCAAUUAUACGACCCGCUUGGUAUCGUGUCACCUGUGAUUGCUUGGGCAAAAAUUCGGAUGCAACACCUUUGGUUAGUUAACGUCGACUGGGAUGAUCCGAUUCCACGCGAGAUCGAAUCUAAAUGGAAUGAUUUCCAUUCACAGCUGCCCCUACUAAAGCAAUACAAAGUUCCCCGUUAUAUAUUUUCAUCGGAAGCUACAACGGUUCAGUUCCAUGUUUUCUGCGACGCAUCUGAAGUAGGCUACGGAGCAUGUAUUUACGCUCGCUCAGCCAGCAAGGAAGGUAAAGCUCAAAUCCAGCUCAUAGCGGCAAAAUCAAGAGUCGCGCCAAUCAAACGUCUUAGUUUACCGCGCCUUGAGCUGUGUGCUGCAUUAUUGGGUGCCAAACUCUAUACUAGAGUAUCCGCAGCGCUGGGGAUGGAGGGAAAUCCUUGCUGGUUCUGGUCAGACUCGACGGUCACGUUGCACUGGAUCGCAGCACCCCCAAACACUUGGCAAACGUUUGUGGGCAAUCGCACAUCGGAAAUCCAGCUGCUGACACACGGUCACCCUUGGAAUCACGUGAAGGGUACGGAUAAUCCGGCGGAUCACGUUUCGCGUGGUAUGCUGCCGGCAGAUUUCAUCGUCGAAAUUCUUUGGAGGAGUGGUCCCGGAUGGCUAGCAGACGAAGCGGAUAAAUGGCCAAAGCAUGUACACCCGCUUCUUCCAAACGAGGACAUCCUGGAACGAAAGAAAACGGUUUUAGUGGUUCAGUCAACGUCGCAGGAAAACCCGUUAUUUGAGCGCUAUUCUUCAUUCGGGCGUCUAGUUCGAAUCACUGCUUACCUUCGUCGAUUCAUUGCACGCUGCCGCUCUAAACAUCAUGCAUAUGAAGCAUUCCUUUCGACGAUGGAGCUGCAAGAAGCAAAGGAGGCUUUAGUAAAGGUGGUUCAACAAGAAGUGUUCCCAGAAGAGUUGAUUAAGUUGAAACAAAAACGUUCGGUUCCCUCGAAAUCACCCCUGAAAAAUCGAUAUCCUUUCCUAGACGAGAAUGGCAUAAUACGUGUCGGUGGCCGGCUGCAUUUCUCCAACGAAACCUACCAAACCAAGCACCCUAUGGCUCUUCCCAACAAGCACCCCCUUUCUCGUAUAAUUGCAGCGCAUUUCCACUCGCAAUGUUUUCAUUCUGGCCCCCGAAUGACCCUGGCAACAAUGCGUCGAGAAUUCUGGCCGGUUCGCGGAAAAACUCUUGCCAAUUAUGUGUGUCGAAAAUGUACAAUUUGUUUUCGCCACAACCCUGUCCCUGUAGCCCAACCUCAAGGACAGCUUCCCAAGGCACGCAUUGUCCCUAGUCGACCAUUCUCAAUCACCGGUGUCGACUACUGUGGCCCUAUAUACCUAAAACCUGUUCAUCGACGAGCGGCCCCGCAAAAGGUUUUCAUUGCUGUGUUUGUUUGCUUCGCUACCAAGGCCACUCACCUGGAACUCGUGUGCGAUUUGUCAACGGACGCAUUCAUUGCCGCACUUCGACGCUUUAUUGCCCGGCGCGGCUUGCCAACGGAAAUCCAUUCUGAUAAUGGUACAAACUUCAAAGGAGCAAAAACCACACUCACGGAAAUGCACCGCAUAUUUAGCAUCAAACACAACAAAGAAAAAAUAAUUAAUGAAUGCAGCAGCAAAGGAAUCACUUGGCGGUUCAUUCCACCUCGAGCACCAAAUUUCGGCGGCCUUUGGGAAGCGGCUGUCAAGACAGCGAAGUCCUCUCUGGUAAAAACAAUCGGCUGCCGAAAACUUUCAUACGAGGACAUGGUCACUGUCCUCUACCAGAUCGAGGCAAAUAUGAACACUCGCCCACUAACGCCACUAUCCGAUGAUCCGACCGAAUUAGACGCACUAACACCCGGCCAUUUCCUGACUGGCGGUCCACUUUUAACCCUCCCGGACCCUCAGUACACCGAAAUACCAACAAAUCGAUUACGACACUAUCAGCAGUUGCAACAACUGAUUCAACAUCACUGGCAACGUUGGCGGAAGGAAUAUCUUACCGAGCUCAAUCAGCAGUGGCAGAAAUCCGGUUCUCCGGUGGACAUCCGUGUUGGCCAAAUGGUAUUGCUGCAGGAGGAUGGAAAACCUUCCGUCGCUUGGCCACUAGCAAGGAUCGAAGCAGUUCAACCCGGCGAUGAUGACAUCAUUCGUGUUGCAACCAUCAAAACAAGAAGUGGAACAUACAUACGACCGAUUCGCAGAUUGUUUCCACUUCCUUUCGACCAGCAAUUGGCGGUGCAGCAACAGCAACGAGCAGCAGCUGAAAGUGAAGAAAAGUUGUUAGAAAAUUAA